AUAAGCAACAGUAUCAUAACAGCGACAAAUGAGAGUGGCGGUUGUGUAGCGGUUGCUGGCAAAGAUUUCAAAGCAAGUGAAAGACUAAAUUGAAAUAAAAAAAAAUAUUAAAAAAAAAUGAAAUAUUAUUUUUGAAAAAAUAUUAAAAUAGAAAAUAUAAAUUAAUAUUGGAACUUAAUUUGGAUUUGUUGUCAAGAGUGAAGUUAAAAGAAGGAGAGGUUAAUGAAAGAUUGGAAAAAUGUUGUGAAUGUUAUUUUGGGAGUGAAAAUUUAAAGAUUAAUAUAAAGUGGAGUCCUUGAAAACUGUUUUGUGAAGUAUUAUAAAAAUAAUUUAUUUCAAAUAUUUCAAAAAUACAUAAAUAAGAGAAUUGAUAAAUAUUUUUAAGCAUUAACACUCUAUAAAAAUUUGUAUAUAAUAUUAGAUUAAAGAAAAAAUCGAAAUAUUCCAUUAGAAGCACUUAAAUAAACCACAUAAAAAGACAACAACAGAAACAAGCAAUACUCAACAACCAUCAGUAGUAUAUCCCUGGGACCACCAAAAUCAACCGUACACAAAAAUAACAAAAAUGUUCGCGCAACAUCCUCCAAGGACCAGCGCGACAACCACAGCGUGCAUAUUGUUCCAUCUGUUCCUCACAUUUUUUCCACAAACUAUGCACUGUAGACCCGGCUAUGGCUACACCACCGAUGGCACCGAACUUUUUGUGUUGAAAGAAAUUGUACGCUGCACGCGGCAGGGACUACAUGAGCUAUGCCAGAACGGCACAGCAACAACAAUUGACGAUGAGCAACAGCAACAACAACGCGCCACUAAUGUGGCUAAUGAGUCGGUGAUGGAUGUAGUGGAUGAUUUAAUACUGCUAGAGAGGAAGACUCCACAACAACAACAGCAGCAGCGUAAAACAAAUCAUCCGUAUGAUACUUAUCAACAACAAAGCGAACUGUUAUCCUCUGCAGCCGCACGUGAAGAUUCCAUAGUCUCCGCCGCCGCUGCGGCACCAGCCAUCGGUGAUCCUUCCGACUCCACUGCGUUGGGCAGCUCCUAUCAACAGGAACCGUUUAGUUCUGACAGCGAUGGCGAAGCAGUGGAUGAUGUGAGACAUCCAACUGAUAUCAAAACCACCGAUGUGGAUGCCGUUAAUGCCGCAGCGGCUGAUGAAAUUAUUGCCGAUGGUGUGCUCUUCCAUGGUGUAUUGUUGCGCUUGGCCGAUGGACCGCAUAGCGUGCCACAAACGGUGCCACCAAUUGAUAUGAGUGAUUUUGUGUCGUUAAUACCGGCCGAUGAGGUCAAAUCGAUUGCCACCAAUUAUUAUAAUAAUGAUGCGGAAGUGCGUCGCGCCUAUGCCUAUCUGAGUGGACCCGAUUUUGUAGCGCUGCGGCAGCACAUUGUCGCCUCACCGGAAGUGGGGGCAUUUUUCCAAUAUUUAAAUGUCAGUGGCUUUGAUGUGUUGAAAUUUGUUGCGGCCGUGGCGAAUUUGACCAAGGUGGAGGGGAAUGCGGACUCGGCGGUGGACGGUUCUCGAAGUAGUGAGUUUGAAGCGCAGCAGCGCCAACUGGCGACUAAGCAUAACAAUGCAGCGGUGCUCGUGGUUAAUGAAAUCUCUCGAAUGGAACCAAAUGCAUCACCAUCCACAAAAUCACCCACAAUUAUCUUCGAAGAAGCAAUGUCUAUCGUUUCAACAAAAGCACCUUUGACAGCAGCAAAUUUCGAUGAACCCAUAACACAGAAAACGGAACAGCUCAACGGUUUGCAUGGACUGGUCGAUAGUAUUUUAGAAAUACUGCCACAGGAUCAAAUAUUGGCGACAUUCUUUGACAAACUCGAAUCGGAUGAGAACUUCAGAAAAUUCGUCAACAAUAUACAGCGACCAGCCUUCGCGCAGAUACUCAGCAAAAUGGAGCAAUCGAUGUCAUUGAGAAAUCUGAUUUUCACUUUACACAACAACGGUAUCUACAUAGCGCGCAUUGUGGACUCACUAAAAGCGUAUUUCUUUCUCGGCGGCUUCUCUUAGUACCAUCCAAAACAAUUAGUCCGAAAGUAAGCAUUCAAGCACACACACGUACUAAUGCUGGGUGGAGCGAAAGUGUAGACCCUAAAUAACGAGAAGGAGAGAGAGGAGACUGGACGUGGUAACGGAAUCGGAAAUGAAGUCAAAUGAAAACUUUUUGACAUAACAGAACAAAAACAAAGAAAAGGAUUGCAAUAUAAUGCAUAAAAGUAAAGAAACAAAAAUAAAAUCUAUAAAGAACUGGAAAGUAUUACUGUAUAAUAUAUAUAUAU